AUGUCCUGUCCAAUUAAUCUAACUGUUGCACAUCGAGUCCUGUGCUUGACUAGGCCUCCUCCGGACAACCCCUCUGGACCACCUAUAAUAAAACGUGACGAUUACUUUAUUCGGCUUCCCGAGGCCGAAUCGGCGGCAAACACGGUAUAUAAUAUCAUAAAACAUCUUUACAAAUGGGAUUUACCAUCUAAAAAGAAACACUUGGAAAAACGUCUCGCAAAGGUUCACAAAGACAAAGGCGAUAAGGAGACAAAUCAAAAUAAGGGUGAGAAUAACCAAAAAUACGAAGCUCGAAUGCAGUGGAUACGCGACACGCCCUAUCGAAAAGCUAAUUCCCAGGCUCGAUGGUUAAAUUGCGCUAUCAUCAUGGAUCGUGCCCUUGAAUUUCUCGAGCAAGCCCACCAAAAACACGGGGAUAUUUCUGGCAAAUCUGGCGAUUAUACAUACCACUAUCAUCCUCGCGACUUCUAUAAGUACAUAUGGGCGUAUCUUCAUCAGGGUAAUUUCAUCUUGGCUCGGAAGGAAAGCGAGCUCAAGCAUGGUGUAGUAUCGCUCCCCAACGGGCCCAAACAUGGUUUAGCGUCGCUCCCCAACGAGUCUAAAUUUGAAAUAGCAGAGUUUAUGUCUCAGCACGACCUUGCUGCUUUCGCACAAACCAGCCGGCACUUUAGUGAUUUGGCAAUUAGAGAGCUGUACCGACAAGACUCGAAAAGCGACAGGCCUAUGGCACUGAUCUGGGCAGCUGCAACUGGGAAAAGGUCGGUUGCGGAAAAGGCUUUGAAGGCUGGUACGGACGUUAAUUUGCGGUUCGACAUCCGGAAGGACGAUAGGCUCCUUAGUGAGCAUUCCAUAAUCAACUGGAAAGACAAAAUAGGGUGGACACCACUAUUUUAUGCCGUCGACUCCGGAUCCGAAGCCCUGGUGCGGCUGCUUUUGAAAUCGAGGGCCCACGUGAAUUUGGUAGACAAUGAAGCCAACGGCCGAACACCGCUAUCGCUUACCGCUGAGCGUGGAUCCGAAUCCGUUGUCGAACUGCUGUUGGAAGCAAAGGCGAAAACAAAUUCUAAAACCAAAAAAGGCAAAACACCGCUAAUGCUUGCCACGAUUCAUAAUUCUGAAGCUGUGGUGCGGUUACUCUUAAAAACGAAGGCGAAAGUAAAUUCAAAAGACCGUCAUGGCCGAACGGCGCUAUGGCACGCAGUUCGAGCUAAACGCGAAGCCGUUAUACGGCUGCUUUUGAAAUCGAGGGCCCAAAUGAACUGGAAAGACCACCGUGGCGAUACACCACUAUCGAUUGCCGCAAAAAAUCGGUCCGAAUCCAUUGUGCGGCUGCUUUUGAAAGCAAAGGCGAAAGUGAAUGUGAAAAACAGUGAUGGCCGGACACCGUUGUGGUAUGCCGUUUUUUGUAAAUCUAAAGCCAUGGUACAGCUGUUUUUGGAAACGGGUGCUAAAAUGGAAUUAGCGCUAUCGUUGGUCGCUAAACCCGAAUACAAGGAAUUUUCAAAGCUUCUCCUCGCUGCUAAGAAGGCUAAAAAUUGGAAAUCAACGGUUCGGAAAAAGCUAAGUCUCCGAUAG